CUUAGCGAUAGCGUGCGUCUAAUAAUAGAUAGAUAUGGUUUAGUGCGAAAUGUGUAGCGGGCGCCAUGUUGUGUUAAUAUAUAACCGAAAUAUAACAUUAGAUUUUGGCGUAUUGGAUACAUACGCUAGAAUGGCUCAAUCCGACAAUACAAAAUCUAACAUCUUAGCGUACGUUCACAUGCAUGUGGUGCGUAGGGUGUUAAGAAGACUGUUGGAAUAUUGUGUUUACCAGGAGGAUAAUACAUGGACCGUUGACAGGUUUCUGUUUCAAAAUAUGCAUAGAAUUCUUGAGACAAGAAUUGGACGCGAAACCAGGCAGGUUCUGUUUCCAGGUUAUCGAGAAGACACCAAUGUCGCAAGCUGGCCUCUAAUUUUGUUCCCUUUUCUAAUCACUGAGAUAAGUGGCCAAUCACUUUCGUCGGAAAUAGUGGAUAUUAUCCGACAACUGACGGAUCUUCGUCAUACGUUACACGGACGGAUUUUUUCGGGAAUAAGUGACCAGUUUUUCAAAGAUCAUUUAAAUGAUAUCGAAGCUCGUCUGACGAAUAUUUGCGAUCUAUUACAUGAUGAUGAACUUACGAGGCAGACACUUAGCGAUCUGCGGACCGAGGAGGUGCGAGAAGAUUAUAUCGACGAUUUCAAAAACAAUCACAAACAGGAGAAAUCUUAUAGAGAACAAAUUACUUCGCUUACGCCAGAGCAACUAAGACUUCACCAGCAGUUGGAAAAAGUUGUAAAUUUACGGGAAGAGCGAGAGCGAGAACGUGGUGCAUCAGGAAAAUGUUUACCGCCCCAGCCAUACGACCAAUGUACAGUAGAUUUGAGAAGUCUUGUGAUCGAGUUGCACCUGAUUCCUGAAUUUCCGGAGCAAAGUCGACAGAUAGCUAAUGACAUUGCGAACAUUAUUAACAACAAGGAUACAGAGCUGAAGAAUAAAGAGUUUAUACAAAAUAAAGAAGCCAUCCGAGCCGCAUCAGAUAGAGCAUUUAGUGGCUUUGGUGAAUACUACGCUCAACUAGGCUGUAUCGAGAUUCACGUUCGGCUCAACAGUAUCAAACAUUUGUUCCAACUUAUCUCCGAGUGUGUAUCUGGGUCAAUUACCGAGAAGUUGAAGCCUAUUCUUGACAUAGUGCGCACAAUCCCUGGAUGUGAAACGUACGAACUGCACGCUGUUCUAUACAAGGAUGCUUACAACCACGUCAUGGAUGACAUAGCGUCACAGGUGCUUAAAGAGCUCGAGAAUAGAUGCCUUGAGGAAGAACCGAAGAAACAGAUCAAAAAAGUAUCAGCAACCGAUCGAGGAUCGCUACUGCUGAGGGUCGAAUAUCCGAGUGCAGAGGAAAAGGAAGCUAUUGAACUAGCUGUGAAAAACGGGGAACUUAAUUCAAUAUUCAAUGAACUCGAAAAUGAAUUGCAAACAAUAUGUUCUGACAAGAAACUGCGUUUGCAUACUUCGGUUUUUGAAGAUAGCAUUCCCCAAACAGAUACUGAACACGCCCCAGAACCUACUGCUGAUGACGUGAGGAAGAUUCUUAUAAGGCCAUCAACAUCACCAAAGAAAAGGGAGUUACACGUUGUUAAAAGUAUAGACAUAAGAGCAGGAAACGAUUCAGAAGAUCCGUACGUAACCGGAUGUUCAAUUGUAUCUCUUAAACGACUCGCUGUGGCAGACCGUUCUAACAGAUGCAUCAAGUUAGUGGAUACUGAAGCCAGUAAAUGCGUUGGACAGUCGUUGGUAUUGCCAUAUGCCCCCUGGGAUGUGAUAAACAUAGACGAGAACACCGCGAUAGCAUCCGCGCCAUCUGCUGGAAAAUUACUGCGUCUGAAAAUAGGAGCUGAUAAAAUAGAAAUAACUCACGAGUAUGAUUGCCAUGAUUCCUGUCGAGGAUUGGCAUAUUCUUCCGGGCGAUUGUAUGUCACAUACGGACAUCCUUUUGCAAAGAUCAAUCUCUUUAAUAUAUUUGACGCAUCGGUACAGCAAACAAUACAUCAUGGAAUGAUGCAUGACCCUUGGCACAUCACUGUUGAUAACGCAAAUAAAUCAAUGUACGUAUCAGAAACGGAACAACCCAUAAUCCUACACUUAAGCAGUGAAGGUAGAGUUUUGAAAUGUUUUGAUUUUAGUGGCAUUGGCGAAGAACCGUUGGGAGUUAUUUUGAAGGAUAGUUCCAAGUUGUGGGUUUGCUGCUACAGCUGUGACACAACACAAUUUCUUCGCGAGAUCGAUGUAGAAAGUGGGGAAAGCGAUAUCCUUUUUAAAGACGAAGGCAAAUACCCCAGUGUCAUACAGAUUCACCGACGUUCUGGAAACAUAUUUUUGAACUCGACGGGAUCAACUUGUAUGAUACAGUGUACAAUGAAUGCAAUUUAAAACAUUUCUAAAGGCUUCAUUUAGUUUGAGCGUGUGAUAUAUCUGCCUCAGAUGUUUUCCCAGAUAUGCAUGUGAAUUUUAUUAAUUAGUCGCAAUAUUGGAAGUGCUCAUUAUUCAAUUGUAUAUUUGAAUAUACAUGGGUGACUAAUGUGUCAUUAUCUUGAUUAAUACGCCUACAUAGUUUAGGGAAUACGGUAACAUAAACCAAGUUUUAAAACUGGUCAUCAGAUGUUUUCGAUUUGAAUUAAUUGAAGUUAUCGAGAGAAAACAGCUAUUUUUAUUUGAAUGUUGGAGGCAGUCAUUUAGUUGUGUACAGUAAGUGCGUAUGUGUUUACCUUCUUAUUCUUUGUGAAUAUAAUGUUUUUGUGUUGUUGUUUUUUCUUUACAUUACGAGAACUUUUCAUUUGAAUAGAAAUUGACUAUAAAGAAAUUAUAUUAUAGUAAUGUUCAACAACACAUUUCAGUAUUACACUAAGGACAUAAAUAUUUUUGAGGUUGUUAGUUUGUAUCACAAACAUGUUGGAUUCAAUUAUGUUUUUCUAAUGGAAACGACUAGAUUGAACAUAUUUAAUGAUAUGUGCAUUGAAACAAACUCAUAUUAUACUUGAUUACAUGAUUACUAAUCUAGUGAAUUAACUAUUUCAAUCAUUUAUUUGAAAAAAAAAGAUUUAAAUUUAUGUAUAUAAAGUAUUUAAAGAAUUCAAUCAUAGUUUAACAUCUUAAAAUGGGAGAUAAUAUGUAAUAACAAACAAGCAUAAUCAUACGUGUUCAUGUAAACAAGUGUCGUAUCAUUACGAGAAACACUUAAAUAUGAUUAAUGUAUAACAUUUAUUUCAACAAGUUUAAUCAACAUUGCUUAGAUAUUUUGUUCAGAACACAACUGUAUGAAGAUUUUUCACGAUGACUCUUUUUAAUGUUUUUAUUAUGAUUAAAGCAAUAUAGGACUACUUUUAGUUCUAAACAUUAUCAGGAACGAAUUUAAUUGUUGCAAUAUUCCUGUCUGCACUAUAAAAAUUAAACAAUUGCCUGUAUAAAAGUAUGUAUUAUCCACUAUAGCAUUAAAAAUAAUAGUAAUUAAAACUGAGGUUAAUCCUUUUAAAACGGUUGGAGCAAAAGCUGCGGAGUUUAGACCAGUUUAAAAUCAUGCCUCACACUUAAAUUCGAUAAGAUGUCAUAUGAUGAAUAAAUACAAUUUUAUACUUUUUAAGUUUUAUCUUAUAAACCUUACAAGUCCCGGGCCGCCAUAUUUCAUUAUGCAUAGUUAAGUCGCAUAAGUUUCGUAUGUUAGUAUUUGUAGUGUUUAACCAUGAUUCUUAUUGUUCAUGCUAACACCGUUUAUGCGCAUGAGAACGCGAUUUGCGCCACUUUUCAAACACGACAGCAGCAGUCAGAUAGCUAGACGCCAUUUCUUUGUGUAUUAUUGUUGGUUUUAAUAUUAAUAUUAUACUUAAAUAAUAUAUUUUGUUGUUAAACAUUUAGAUGCGGUUGCAUUGUUUGUAUUGUUAUAUGUUUGUUAUUGAAAUGUUAUUAAAAUGAUAGAUCAUCUAUACCUUAACAUUAAACCAUUUAUUAUCAAUAAAUCAUUCAAUGCUA